AGGCAAGCCAAGUUGUAUUAUUUGUGGGGCAAAAGCCAUGAUUCAGAUAAUUGGGGCUUCCUGACAUAAAGGCAUGAUUGAACUCCCCACUCCCACCCAUUUCCUUCUUUCUAUAUAACCACCUCCAUACGCACAUCUCCACUUCAUAGUCACCCUCUCACUCUUCUUGCAGCAUCUCUCUCCAUUACCUUCAUAACUCAAUCUCCCAUUAUUAUUAGAGAUGACGGUUGAAAAGGAAGAUUUGGGUUUGAGUCUAAGCUUGAGCUUCCCUCAGAACCCCCCAACUCAUCUUCAUCUCAAUCUCGUUUCCUCUUCUCCUUCCAGCCACAACCCUCAGAAACCCUCUUGGAACGACCCUUUCACUUCUUCAGCUGGAUCAUCAUUCCUUCGAGGAAUCGAUGUGAACCGUUUACCUUCUGUGGUCGAUUGCGAAGAGGAAGCAGGUGUGUCAUCUCCAAACAGCACGGUUUCUAGUGUCAGUGGAAAACGUAGCGAGAGGGAAGAAGCCAAUGGUGAAGAAAACGACACAGACAGAGCUUGUUCCAGAGGCAUCAUCAGCGACGAAGAAGAUGCCGAAACCUCUAGAAAGAAACUUAGACUCUCCAAAGACCAAUCAAUUAUCCUCGAAGAGAGCUUCAAAGAACACAACACUCUCAACCCCAAACAAAAGUUGGCGCUGGCGAAACAGCUGGGUCUUCGAGCGAGACAAGUGGAGGUGUGGUUCCAGAACAGAAGGGCAAGGACCAAGCUGAAGCAAACGGAAGUUGACUGUGAGUUUUUGAAAAGGUGCUGCGAGAAUCUGACCGUGGAGAACAGGAGGUUGCAGAAGGAAGUGCAAGAGCUUAGAGCACUGAAACUUUCCCCGCAGUUCUACAUGCACAUGACCCCACCCACCACUCUCACCAUGUGCCCCUCGUGUGAGCGUGUCGCGGUUCCCCCCUCCUCCGCCGUUGAUCCUGCCAUGCGUCACCAUCACGUGCCUCCUACACAACCUCGGGCCUUCCCCAUUGGCCCAUGGGCCACCGCUGCCGCCACUAUCCCGCACAGGCCCUUCGAUGCCCUCCGUCGCAGAUCUUGACUCGUCGAAACAAAAUGACAAAAUUUGAAAAAAAGAAAACGGUUGUAAUAGUAGGAAGCCAUGAAUUAUGUGUUCAAAGUGUGGUCUAAGAUAUGGUGGUUAGGAAAACUGAUUUUGUGGGUCUCUAAUGUUUUGUACUAGUUUGACCCUUCGUCUUUGUUUUGGGUUUCGGAGCAUGACCUGGUUUAGUUAGUUAGAGGUUUUUUUAGUUUGUAAUACUUACUGCGUUACUCUCAUUUCUCAUGAUUAAAUCGGAGAUUCUGUAAAGUUCAGUAGUCUUAAUAAAUAUUAUAUAUUACAUAUA